AUGAUCGCGCAGCAACACCGAGUCUCGUCGUACGUUUUGUCCUCUUCUUCUUCUUCCUCGUCGAGGAGGAAGAAUAACGGACGAUCAUUUUCAUCGUCGUCGUUUUUUUUAAAAAGACGAACAACACCACCAACGAGAAAAGUAACAACCAGAGCGGAAGCGGAGGGAGAAUCAUCCUCCAAACGAAAAACGACCGGCGCGACGAGAACGGUCGUCGUGACUUCCGGAAAAGGCGGCGUCGGGAAGACGACGAGUUCCGCGAAUCUCGGCAUGUCCAUGGCGCGUCUCGGGUAUUCCGUCGCCCUUGUGGAUGCUGAUAUUGGUUUAAGAAAUUUGGAUUUAUUGCUCGGAUUGGAAAACCGAGUGGUGUAUACCGCGAUGGAAGUGUUGGAAGGCGAGUGUCGAUUAGAGCAAGCGUUGAUUCGAGAUAAGAGGUGGAGAAAUUUAGCUUUACUGCCGAUUUCUAAGAACAGGCAAAGAUAUAACGUGACCAGAGAUAACAUGAAUACGGUUUUGGAUUUGUUGAAGAAGUCGGAUUUUGAUUUUAUUUUCAUCGAUUGCCCGGCGGGGAUCGAUUUGGGUUUUAUCAAUGCCAUUUCGAACGCGGAGGAGGCAAUCGUGGUGACCACGCCGGAGAUUACCGCCAUUAGGGAUGCGGAUAGAGUGGCUGGGUUGUUGGAGGCGAAUGGGAUUUUGGACGUGAGGUUGUUGGUGAAUCGCGUGAGAGCGGACAUGAUUAAAAAUAACGACAUGAUGAGCGUGAAGGACGUGCAAGAGAUGUUGGGGGUGCCUUUAUUAGGCGCGAUUCCGGAGGAUACGGAGGUGAUCGUGAGUACGAAUCGUGGGGAGCCGCUGGUGUUGAAGAAGAAGUUGACUUUGGCAGGGAUCGCGUACGAAAACGCCGCGAGGAGGAUCGUCGGGAAGCAAGAUUUUCUCAUCGAUUUGGAGCAACCGAGGAAAGGGGUGUUUCAAAACAUCAAGGAGUUUUUCACCGGAGAAGAUUACGAGUAA